GUGAGUGGUCUGCCUUGACGAUCGGACGCAUUGUUGACAUCAAAAUGGUGCACAAAUAUUUAUUUGUUUCCGUGUUACUAGUAUUGUGCUGUCUCCACAACGUGUCUUCCCGACCUUCAAACAAUGAGUCUGGUCCAGAAAAAGUGGAGAUGCCAAUCGAAAGCACACCUCAGGGCGCAUCAUCAAAAGAAGAGCGAUCUAUUUAUUACCAAUCAGAUCCCGCAGUACUUCAAGACGGAACCACUCUCGAUAUAGUUGAUAAAAUUAAAGCUAUCAAUGAGGGUCUCAAGAAGCCACAUCGUCAACAAUACAAUUACAACAAACCGCAAACAGGCGGUGGUUACGUAAUCGAUAAAGAUAUUUUGGAAAAGAUCCAACAAGCUAUCGCGUCUGGUAAAAUUCAUACUAACGGUGGACCGCAAAAGCAACAAGAAAAUAACUUGUUACAAAACGAGGAAGAAAACUUCAAGCGUUACAUACAUUCAAGAUCACUUAGACAAAAUCUAGGAGUUCCUGUAAUGCAACAACCAUAUUUAAUGAACAUCCCCGUUUUAAUAAUGCCACAAAAUACAGACUUGUACAAUCGAUUCGCUAUAAAUAAUGAUUUAAAAUCUAUGUCGCAAAAUGAUGUUUAUCAAAGCAGACAAGAAUCCUUUUUUCCCAGUUUUCCAUCGUUCCCAUCGUUUCCAUCAUUUCCUUCAUUGUCAUCAUUUCCAUUUCAAAGCUUUCAAUGGCCAUUUUCUCAAUUAUUCCCAUUUAUCAUAAAGGAUCCAUUCUUAGCCUUCAGCCAAUCUGGAGGCUUUAAUAACUUAAUUGAAUAUGGUCAAAAUGCUGAUGUUUGUACUCGAAAGCAAAAAUCUGUAAAUGACGAAACAGACGAAACAAUUCCUGUAGAAAAUGACUUUGAAGAUGGAAGCUUGGAACCUUUACAAGCAGAACACAGAAGAGAAGCACGCGCUUUGAAAAAGCGUACUGUAGAUAACCAGUCCGUAAAUCAAGAAAUUGAAAAUGGUAAACAGCCAAAGAAAAUAUACGUAACUAGACCAGUUACAACAAAUAUAAAAAAGACUACUAAAAAGCCAUAUUAUGUUGAAGAAAUUGAGGAAGUUAAAAAUGAAGAAUCAGGGGAUCUACGUUUUCCUUUUGGUGAUUUUGGUUGGUUUGGAAAUAGAAAGCCUGUAGCACCGAGUCCUGGGUUUUUCAUCAACAAACUGCGUGUCAGGAAAGGAGGUGUUGCAAUUGCUGGACCGGGCGGUGUAGCAACAGCUGGCAGAGGGGGUACUGCGAUAGUUGGGCCCGGAGGUCUGGCAUACACUCAGCCUGGUGGAUUGGCCGUUGCUGGACCGGCCGCACGAGUCGUCGCCUUAUCUCCAGAUGUAGACCUAAAUGCCCUCAUCACACGUAUUCGUCAAGAAAACGACCCAUCAGUACCGCGUUCUCAACAACCGAUUAGAGAAGGAAAAGUAGUCGCAACUGGACCUGUUGUUUUUUAUCAUCCCAACGAACAAACAUUUGCAACUAGAUAUCCUGAAACGGAAGAAAGAAGUACUAACGUGGAUUGGCAGCCGGAUACGACGGAUUCGUUCUAUUACGACGGUAUGGGGAUAAUGCAAAGGGUGAAGCCGGGUUUGCAGUUUGUUCUUCGCCUUAAUCCAGAAGCACUCGCGGUGAGCGGUGCACGAGGCUCUUCUAUAGCUAAUCCAGUUUCACAAGUAUUUAUUAAUAGUAGCGAUAAGGGCUCCAUAAUGCAUAGUCCCGUAGCAACAGCUGUUGCAGGACCGGGUGGCAUUGCACACGCCGAUUCAACACAAUACCUGCCAUUCUAUGGUGGAGCCAAAGGCCAGUAUUUAGAAAUUAAAAAGGACACUGCAGGCUCCGUUCUCAGUGAAAAGAUAGUCCCUGAAGACAGCCUUAGUAAUGAAAAUGUAUUUAAGAAUAGCGAAGACAACUUACAAUCUAAGCUUUUUGCUACAAAUCUUGGGCAAUUGAAAUCUUUAUCUACAAGUUUGUUGAGAUUACACAAUCUAGGCAGAAGGCUAGGAUAUUUGGGAACUAAUGAGAAGGAAAGGUUCAAGACUCAAUUGGCAUCGCUUGGAGAGGCUGCGUCAAAUACCAUUAAGAUUGUUGAUGAGAUUGGUGAAGAUUUUGAUGUGUUGUUCAAGAAAAAUAAACCUGAAUCACCCGUUUCAAGGGGAUAUGAAAACUAUGAUGAUAGUGCCGAAGAAGGAAUCAGCGUUGGUUCUGAUGAUAAUGACAAUGUACUCGACAGAGCUACGAUUGCUGAAGCCAAACCUGUUGGUCUGGCAGUAGUUGGAGAGAACGGCUUAGCAGCAUCACGACCCAUGGCAACAGCUGUCGCAGCUUCUGGAGUCGCUCUAGCCAGACCCAUUGCCACUGCCAUAGCUGGUAUUGACCCAACCUUACUUGGCAUCGCAUUCCAACAUAACCCACUCGAAAAAAGCAUUAAAGUUAACGGCAAAUACGUAGCUUGAGGUGCCUAUAGUUUUAAAUUUAGCUCUCUAAAAACUCUCUCUAUGAUAAAUGUGCCACAAAAAUAUAUUUAAUAAAGAAUUUAGACUUAGAAAUUAUUUAAAUUAUUUUUUACGGUUGGAAUUAAAUUCCAAGGUACACAUUGUGAUUGUAAAUUAAAUAUUUAAAAAUU